UCUCCGAUCCACUUGCUUCUUAUCGACUUAUCUCUCCUUUUUUUUUCUCAACACAAGAUCUCAAACAAAUCAUGUACCACCUCCCAACUUCUUGUCUGUUCUUCUUCUUCUUCCCCUUCUUCUCCUUAUUUCACCAUUUUCCUCAUGUUUCAAGUAAACAAGAACUUGGUUGGUGUGAAUCUCAGUUUCAGUGUGGAAACAUCACCGCUGGUUUCCCCUUCUCCGGUGGGAUUCGUCCCCAAAUUUGCGGUCAUCCAUCGCUAGAGCUUCACUGCUUUAACAACCAUACCUCUAUAAUCAUCUCAGACCAUCUUUACAAUGUUCUCCAUAUAGAUCAAACAUCUAACACUCUUAGACUCGCUAGAGCAGAGCUUCAAGGUUCAUUUUUCAACGCUUCAUUCACAGCCACAACCUUACCUUACGAAAUCUUUGAGCUUUCUUACCGUUCAAGUUAUACAUGUCCUGAUAGUGGCCUUGUCUCAGUGUCUCAAAACCUUGAUUAUCAUGAUUCAUGCAAUGGUAGUUUCACGAUUAACGCCCCAAAGAGCUUUGUUCCAGAAGAGAAAGAGUUGAACAUGAGCAAUUUGGAAAGUGCUUUAAGAGAAGGGUUUGAGGUAAAGGUGAAGACCGAUGAGAAAGCGUGUCAAAAAUGUUCAUCCUCUCAAGGAAUCUGUGGCUUCGAAAAUACCACCCAAGUUUGCUGCAAGGAAUCCUCAUCAUCAGUAUGCGAUACACUCCAUGCUACUGAGCUUGAGCUUCACAGACGCUGUGGUGGCCCAUUUAGCUGUGGUGAUCAGAGCGAGCUCUUUUAUCCUUUCUGGAAAUCUGGCAGCGAAGACUGUGGUCUCCCUGACUACAAGCUUGAUUGUAGCGGAGGAAUCGCAAAUUAUGUCUCUGGUAUCAAAACAUUAGCCACAAAUUAUGUCUCCCUGACUUUGAGUACCGAUAAUCUAAAGGAGGCACUUGAAGAGGGUUUUGAGGCAGAUUGUCAAACGUGCAUACACUCUAAGGGUGCUUGUGGAUAUACUCAGACACCUACCUCAAGUGGAUUCGUCUGCUAUUAUAUGGAAGAGCCACAAAACCCUACUAGAAACAAGGAUGCAGGCCUCUCUAAUGGAGCAAAAGGAGGUAUUGGGGCUGCGUCCUUUGCAAUGUUGGGCGUCAUUCUUGUAGUCGCAUGUUUGUCCUGUCUCAUCAGCCGGGGAAGGAAGACAUUGAAUGAUCCAAGAAGGAAGACAUCGAAUGUUCUGAGAAGGACGACAUCAGAUGAUUCGAGACAACAAUAUCUAAAGGACUUUAUUCCACUGAAACACUAUAGCUACGUGCAAGUGGAGAGAAUUACAAAUUCAUUCGCUGAAGUGGUUGGAAAAGGUGGAUUUGGAACUGUUUAUAGAGGAACCCUUUGUGACGGCCGUAGUGUUGCUGUGAAGAUCUUAAAAGAUUCGCAUGGUAAUGGGGAAGACUUCAUCAAUGAAGUUGCAAGAAUGAGCAAAACUUCUCAUGUCAACAUUGUUACCCUGCUUGGAUUCUGCUCUGAAGGGUCCAAGAGAGCAAUUAUUUACGAAUUUAUGGAAAAUGGGUCUCUUGAUAAGUUCAUCUCUUACAAGAAGUCAUCAAAUAUGAAUUGGGGAGAACUAUAUAGAAUUGCGCUAGGUGUUGCUCGUGGUCUAGAGUACUUGCACCAUGGCUGCAGAACAAGAAUUGUACAUUUCGACAUAAAACCACAGAAUGUACUCUUAGAUGACAAUCUUUGCCCCAAAGUUUCAGACUUUGGCCUUGCUAGGCUCUGCGAGAAGAAAGAGAGUAUUAUAUCAUUGCUAGAUACAAGAGGUACAAUAGGGUACAUUGCACCUGAAUUGUUUUCAAGAAUGUACGGUAGAGUUUCCCACAAGUCGGAUGUGUAUAGCUAUGGAAUGUUGGUUCUUGAGAUGAUAGGAGCAAGGAACAAAACAUCAACUGAAGACUCAGCAUCGAACCCAAGCUCAAUGUACUUUCCAGAAUGGAUAUAUAAAGAUCUCGAGAAAGGAGACAAUGAAAGGCUUAUCGAGAACAAAAUCAACAACGAAGAAGAUGAGAUAGCUAAGAAGAUGACAUUGGUGGGUUUGUGGUGUAUUCAGUCUUCCCCAUCAGAUCGCCCACCGAUGGACAGAGUUGUAGAGAUGAUGGAAGGGAACGUAAAUGCUCUUGAAGUCCCUCCUAGGCCUGUUUUGAAGCAAAUCCCCACAACAACUCUUCAAGAAUCUUCUUCUUUUUCAGAGGAUAUCUCAGCAUACACAGAAGUAUGUUCCAUAAAUGUCGCAUAAAGAAAGAAACCUCCAUGAAACCUAUUAAAGCACAAAAGCAGCAAACACAUUUUUAUUCAUCUUUAGAGCUUUCUUUGGCAUGACAAUAAACAAUUGUGGCAUUACACCCAAAGAUGAUAAUCAAUAAUUUUGAGUUUCAUCUGCAUAUUAAUAACAUGUUUAAUAAAUGCUUUGAACCA